AUGACCUAUUCGGAUGAAGAAGAAAUCUGCAAUUUAUGUUGUCGUUUAUUAAAUAAAAUUGUUAAAAGACAACGUGAUCUUUAUGUAUCAUUCUUAGUUCGUUUCUUUGAUUUAUGUCGAUUUUGGUUACAAUCCAAUGAAACAUCAAUUCAUGAUAGUUAUUAUGUCAUUUUAUCUUGUUUACCAGUUAAUAUUCUAACAAGUAAAUUAUCAACACAUGGUACAUUAUUAUCAUCGAAAAAUGAUUAUUCUGGUUUUGCUGGUAUCGUUAAACGAAAUCAUAUGAAUACUCUAUACUUGGGAACAUUUAAAGCGCAUUGUUUUAGUUUAAUAUUAGGUUAUGUACUUGUUAAUCAUGAAAUGCCUUAUGAACAAUUACCAAAUUUUGGAAAUGAUACCUUGUUUUGGGCUAUAUGGGAAUGUGCACAAUUUUGUGUUAUGAAUAAAUUGAAAACACUACUUGAAAAACCACAAGAAACAUUUCUAGCACUCGAAGUCAAAAAAUAUCUUAGAGAACUUGAUUAUUUAGAAACGUUACGUUUUUUUGCUUGGCCAAUUGAUAACACUGCGAAAAAAAUGGAAGCAUCUUCACCAGAACAAACAAAUCGUUCAUCAACACCAUCAUCAACAGUAAAUCCUCCAAUAACCUUAUCAUCAUCCGGUGAAGUAAAUGUUUCAACAGAUAAAGCACUUGAAAAAUGUAUGUACAAUGCAUAUGAAGGAGCAGCUCUUUCACUUCCACAAUUACGUAAAUCAUGGGUACAAGCUUGUGAACAUGAAGCUGCUGGAAAUAUUGAACAAGCAGCUUAUGAAUAUAAAUUAUUAUUAAAUGAACAUUUUAAAAGUCUAUCGAUAGUUAAUGAAACAAAAGAAGAUAGCAUAUCAGUUGGACUUGUAAAAUUUUUAACUCGAAAAGUUUAUGAUUGUUAUUUAAGUCUUCAUUGA